AUGUUCAACAAUACUCUUUUAAGUGACAUCAAGUUUGCUUUUCCUAAUCCUGAUAGCAACUCAAUGAUUCCAGCUCACAAGUAUGUUCUCGCCACUAGCAGUCUAGUAUUUUUCACUAUGUUUUACGGCGAUCUGGCUGAAACCAGCGACACUAUAAACAUUACUGACUGUGAUUCAGACGUCUUUCUUCGCUUCCUACGUUUCAUUUAUUGCGAGGAAGCGAAUUUUGAGGACAUAAUGUGCGCCAUUGACGUAUGGCAUCUCGCCGACAAAUAUGACGUCCCUUCGCUGGCGAAAGAGUGCUUGGAGUAUUUAGACGGAAACAUGGAUCCAGUGGACGCCUUUGAUCUAUUAACGUAUGCUCGCCGGUUCAAUAACGAGUUUCUGGAACAAACUUGUUGGGAGGUGAUAGAUUACAAUGCGGAAGCAAUCGUUGCUGAUGAAUCAUUUCUAGAUGUUCAACAUGCGUUUUUACUCUCCUUUGUUAAACGAUCUUCUGCACGAAUCAAGGAAUUAUCCUUAUUUCAAGCUUUAGAUCGUUGGGCUACAAAGAAAUGUGAAGAAGCAAGUACGAGAGUAGAUGGAGAACACAAAAGGCAGUUCCUAGGAGAGGAAAUGAUCAGGCACUUUCGAUUUUCCUUGAUGUCACCUAAAGAGUUUUCAGAUGAGGUUGAACCAUCAGGAGUUUUGCAGGCAAAUGAAAUACUUGAUGUGUUUAAGCAGUUCUCUUUUGUUUCUAUCCCUGGUGGAUUCAAGUUCUCAACGAGUCCCAGAAGAUCAUCUUACGAAGCCAUGACUCUGUCCUGUGAUCUCGGCAGUAUCAAAAAUGGCAGCUUUAUGACUCAUGUGUCCAGAAAGACAGGGCUAUUGGCAUUUGCUGUUACAGAGGACAUCUCACUUGGUGGUGUAAGAAUUGUUACUGACAAAGGUCGAGAAUCUUGUCGCGUUAGUCUUGCCAUCUCUCAUGGAGAUAAGCAGUUGAGACGAAUCAACGAUCACAAUUUUACUUGUAAUACCGGUACAUAUCAAAGUGCCGAUCUUAGCUUCGGCCGCUACGGGGAAAUUGAUGUUGUCUUCAACAGGCCUUUCGCCUUGGCAAAGAACACUUGUUACACAAUCAAAACUAAUACAGAUACUACAAAUAAUCUGGAUUCCGGCUUCGUCUACCAGCACAAAGACCAGAAACCUAAGGAGACAAGUGGGUUCUCUCACUCGAUGGCAACCUGCUCGACUUUCUCCCCCACACAUUUCGGUACAUCAUCUUCAGUGGACACAGACAGUGUAAACACCAUAAUUUCUUUUUCUUAUUUUGGGAAUUGCGACAAAAACUGUCCAGAACAUUCGGCGGUUGGAGGAGAGAUAACGAAACUAGUUUUUGUGCAUGACAAUGAGCCCACUGAUGUUCCCUACUGGGUUGAGGAGGAACACCCUCUCCUCCGCAGAAGUUCCCGCUGGGUAUCCCAAUAA